UAACCUAGCGAUGCAAUGCUUUGUAUCAAACAGCUUUUAUUGUGAAUUCAGGCAUCUCCAUUGCAAUAAUUCAUACUUGUUUAAAAAAUAUCAUCACCAUGCUCUAAAAUAAGAUGACAUGAAAAUAAGAAAAUUUUCAUGUCUCCAAGCAAUUUCAACGUUUAUGUAGAUGAUAUUUAUUUUUGAAAUGAUUUAUUUUUUUCAUUAUUUUUUUAAAUUGAACUGCAUCAGUUACAUCGAGAUUCUCCAUCUCGAUGUUACCCAUCUUCGAGAUAUCGAUGAAUGCUUUUGUUAUCGACAGUGGUCAGUUUGACAGAUCGAUUCUGCGUAGUGUUGUUUGUGGAUGGGAAAUUUUUUUUAUUUUAUGUCACAAUAAUAAGUUGUAGUGUUUUUGUUUUUAUUGACUGAAAAUGUCGUUGUUAGACUUUGAAAAUGUAUGCCGAUUGUGCCUGAGACAGGAUAAUUUAAUGUCUUCAAUAUUUGAAGAAAAUAAUGAAAAAAAUUCGGAGUUAUUAGCUAGAAGAAUAACCUGUAUUGCUCGUGUUGAGGUACAUCCUGAAGAUGGGUUACCUACUUCUAUUUGUGAGGAAUGUAAAAGCCAAGUGGAGCAAUUUUACAAGUUUAGACUGCUGGUGGAAGUUUCAGACAAAACACUCAGGCAACAUUUAAAAUCAGCUCAUAAUUCUAUGGUCUACACAUUAACAAUUCCUUCUCUCAAUGAUGACCUCGGGAUGUGGGAAGAUAAUUUAAUUGAAAAUCAUUGUAAGGAAUCAGUGGAAGAAUUGAAAUGCAACGUUCCAAUUGAUGAAGAGAAUAGUUUUAAUAAUAACAAUAAUAACUCUGAAAAUAUUUCUAAUGAACCGGUAUCAGAGAAAUAUUGUUGUGAACUUUGUUUAGUUCAAUUUUGUACAUUAGAUGAUUUAAAAAAUCAUGUAGUAGAGCAUUGUUCAGUGACAAAACAGGUUACUAAGAAAGAAAGUGUCUCCAAUGUUGAUAGAACAUUAAUUGCGAAUCAAGAAAAUAAUCCACGAAGAUCAAACCAAGCUAAUAAGUCAAGUGAGGUGUGUUUAGUGAAAUGUGAAACUUGUUCAGAAUCAUUUACUAAAGCUUCUAUCAAGAAACAUAGUAUGAGAUGUGCCUGGAGGCAAACUGAGCUUGUGUGCGAAGAGUGUGGUAUGACGUUUAACAAGAAAUCGGAGUUACGUUAUCAUAAAGGAGCUCAUUUGCCAUCGCCUUUAAUGUGUGAACUGUGCAAUAAACAGUUUAGAAAUGUUCAGUCAUAUAAUAUUCACAUGAAAAGACAUACGGUUGGAAGUCGUUUUAGUUGUGAAACGUGUGGCAAGCGAUAUUAUACUAAUUCAGAACUUGCACGGCAUGUUCAAAAACACUCUGAUAAAAGGAAACAUCCUUGUCAUUUAUGUGAAACAGCCUUUUUAUCACGACCUGAGCUCAACCGACAUCUAAAGUAUCACAAUGGUGUAAAAAAGUUUAAAUGUAAUUUAUGUUCCAAAUCUUAUUAUGAAUCCGGACAUUUAAAAGUACAUAUGAGAGUUCAUACUGGUGAAAAGCCAUUUGUUUGUAAAUGUGGUAAAGCUUUCAUUACCAAAUCAAAGCUAAUAAGGCAUGAAAAAAUUCAUAAUAAAAAAAUGAGAUCUUGUUGAAGAGGUAUGUGAGGAGAAAAUUUCUAACUAAAUUCCUUUAUUGUAUAAUAUUUUUUAUUUAUAUAAUAAAAUACCAAAACUCAUGGAA